ACCCCCCCCCCAAACCCCUAUCUAUGUGGAUUAAACCUUUUUUUUUUGCUAACUGUUUGGUUUUUGAGGAACAUUGCGCGGGAGAGGAAAGUGUGCCCUAGCAGAGAUUGUAGGUCGCGAUCGCUUGCUUUCCCAGUUGGAGAAGUCUUGUGAAACACUCCCAAGCGAACAAGGUGAAUCCUGGGGUUUCGUCAUCGUCAUCCCCAAGUCGGAGAAGACAGUACGAAGCUAAUACGUAACCCAGGGGUCUCUUCGUGGACGGCGCAGAGGUUACUACCUUUGCUGCACAGCGAACAGAGGAAUGGCCACCAUCCAUAUAAUAUUGUGUAUCAAUCAUAGAGGACGGUUUGAGAGAGGGCCUGGUGGGUUAAUUAGUUUUACUGGUGGUGAAGUCACAGAAAUCAAUAGGGUGAACGUUGAUACACUGAACGUUUUUUUCAUAUCUGAUUUGUUGAAGGACAUUGAAUAUACGUCCGAAUCUAAUUUUUACUGGCAAGAACCUGGGAAGGAGCUUGAUGAUGGGUUGAGGGACCUAAGGGUUGAUAUGGACGUAGUUAGAAUGUAUGAGGCAGCCGUGAAGAAUGGUAACAAAAUAAAUAUUUAUACAGAGCAUCCGGUGGACCAGCCUGUGUUAGUUGAGGAGAACAAUCUGACUCCGUCAAAGAGGAGAAUAAAGACAUGUGCCAAAAGGGUUCCAACACCAAAUAAGAGUCCAAAGAGAAGAUUGCUAGUAGUGGAAGAUCAUGACGAUGCUAAAAUUGUAGGUAAUGUGCAAGUUAGGAAGGAGGACCAAAUAAGGGGUGAGGCCCAGGAUAGGGAGGAGGUCCAUGAAGAAAAUAAACAGGCUGAAGUUGAGGCCCAAAAAGAGGAUAGUCUCAGUAUGCCCCAGGAGACAGCAGAUCCACCACUAGCAUCAUCCCAUGAAGCAGGACAGGUUUCUCAGCCUCCUCCAACACCUGUCCUACCAGAUCAGCCACCAUCAAGUCAGUCCCAACCUUCCCAGCCACCAUUUGAAGAAGAUCCAGCCCCGCAGUCUCAAGCCAAUGUUUCUAAACCUGUUGCACCUAAACAACUUACUCAAUACACCCCACAGCCAUGUAGGGAGUUGUAAAAAGAGAAAAGAGGCAAUGGGUGAAGGGAGUGCUGCUUCACAAGUGCCUGAAGGGGUUUCUAAUGAAGACAUGCUGGAAGAAAUGUUCUGGGAGGACACAUUAGAGGCUGCAGAUGCUGAAGCAGCAGCCACUGAGGACAGAAACGAUUCUGCAACACCACACCAUGCUCAAGGAAUGCCGCCACCAACAACCACACAACAACAACCUCCAACCAACAAUGCAAUAACCAGGAAACAGGUUAAAAGGAGAAGUGUUAAGCGACCACCUCCCACUG